GGCAGCUUGGUGUUCAGCUCACCAGGCAGCUAAUAUACUCCGCAUUCCUCCACGAUCCUACAGGCUUCUUAACUUGUAGAAGCUGUCUAAACUACGGCAGUGGAGCAGCAAUGUGCUAGCCCGGCCGGCAAUCAAAUAAUUAUGCUUCACUAUGACGUUUCAACCUGACAAUCAACACCGGCAUCCUGGCGCCCCAGCUUCACCCGCUGCCAUGGGAGCGGGCGAUGUGCUGGGGGCCUCCGUGAAAGAGGUUGAGAAUGAUGCUGAAUUCGCCCGCUGGUAUAGCUCCAUUGAGAAUGACCUGCUGGAGGCCAGCUACGAAGAAUAUCAAUCAUGUCUUGAUGAACUGCAAACUGCCAAAUCGCAUCUCGAUUCUCUUUUAACCGAUACUACCUCUACGCUGGAUAUCCUAUCCAGUCUCUCUGAAUGCUUCCAGUCCGUGGAGGCCCAAACGGCCGCCUUCCAGCAGCAAUGCGAGGGCCUAUUGUCGGCACAGAUGCGCAGUUCGAAAUUGGUGGAAGAUAUCCAUGAGAAUAUACAGUACUAUGACUUUUUGGACCCCGUUUCGCGGAGACUCAAUGCGCCGGGAGCAGGAAAUUCCGUGCGAACAAAGGAUUUCUCAGACAUGUUGAAGAGGCUGGAUGAGUGCUUGGAUUAUAUGCAGACUCAUCCCGAACAAAAAGAAUCAGAUACAUAUAGGUCUCGCUACCGUCUUCUUUUAACCCGUGCCCUCACGUUAAUUCGUGGUCAUUUCGUGUCCACCCUGCGGGAGAUAUCUUCAGGGGUUGCAAAAAGAAUCGCCGACCGACAGCUCAACGACACAACUAUGUCGGCUCUUCUUUAUGCAAAAUUUCGUGUCGGUGCGGCGGACUUAAAGGCAAUCGGAUUAGAAAUACAAAAGCGAGCAGUCCCGCCAGUUGACCCUGAACAAGGAGCUGAAGCUGAAUACCAAAGUUUACUUAACGAGCUCCAUACUAGCUUUUCAGCUACGAGGGGCAAGCUUGUUAUACCUGUAUUACGGAAGAGGUUGAACGAUAUUUCCCAGGCCCCCAGCAGCUCAAAGGACCUAGUCGCAUUUGCUCGGGCCAGCAUCAGCUAUAUUCGUGGCAUUUGUCUCGAUGAGUUUGAGCUAUGGGGACAAUGGUUUCAUGGUCAGCAAGGCCUUUACGAUUUCCUGGAGGCUGUCUGCGAGCCCCUCUACGAUCAUUUGAGACCGAGGAUUAUUCGUGAAACCAAACUUAUCAAAUUGUGCCAGCUCUGCUCACUCCUGCAAACGCGUUAUUUGUCCGAUCCCGAGGAUGAGGGAGAGUUCGCUGACCCGACUCAACUUGACUUUUCCGUCUUAAUUCAACCUGCGCUGGAGGACGCGCAAACCCGACUCGUCUUUCGUGCGCAGGCAAUAUUGCGAGAUGAGAUUGAGAAAUAUAAACCACGCGCCGAAGAUCUUGAUUACCCUGCUCGCAAUCGAAACCUUCUAUUACCGGGGUCAGAGAAUAACAAGUCUCACGCAGUAUCACACAGGAGAUCAUCGUCUAUUGAACCGACCACCCCACUCCCGAAGAUGCCAAUGGUCGUCGACGAGGAUACCGAUUCACCCCAAGAAAAGUAUCCGCGAUGGGACUUUGAUUCGGGAGCCGUAUUUGAAGGAUGGUACCCAACUUUGCGGACGGCGGUCUGGCUGCUUAGUCGCAUCUAUCGACUAGUGAACUCAACCGUUUUUGACGACCUAGCACAUCAAAUCGUUCACCAAACCACCCUCUCCCUCCAUGCAGCAAGCACUCAAAUUUCUACAAAAACUUCUCCUACAGACGCCCAGUUAUUCCUUAUUAAACAUCUCCUCCUACUCAAACAACAAAUUGUCGCCUUUGACAUCGAAUUCGUCAGCCCCGACAUCUCUAUCGACUUCUCCAGCGUGACGAACACGUUCUGGGAACUCCGGGAACGUGGCGGACUCUUCAACCCACGAAACCUCAUGCGGCUACUUGGCGGCGGCCUACUUCCCCGUGUCGUAGAAAACAUGCUCGACGCAAAAGUGGAACUAGACGGCAGAUUGCGCACAGUAAUUAACGACUUCACUAAUUCCUUCAAGUCGAAAAUGACCCAACCUCUGGCCUCUUUGGCGAAAUCUACAAACCGAAGCGAAUCGUAUAGUAACGCCCUACGUCUUACGUGCAAAGCGAUCGAGAAAGAAGUUCCAAACCUGCGACAAAUUCUCGGUGAAUAUCUUGAUGACACGAGGACGAAAGAAACGCUUGUUGGCGCAGUGCAAGACUCUGUCAUUCAGGCCUACGAGGACUUCUUCGAUGGCUAUACAUUGACGCUUGAAGGAGGGAAACAGGGAGUCCAUCACAGUAAACUUUCAUCCAUGGAGAAGGGUCGAAUGGCUCAGGAAGACGGUGUGUGGGAUGUGGAUACAUUUGCGGGGUGGAGUGAGGCUGUUUUCCGCGUUGGUGUUGCUGGGCUCGACUCCUCAGAGGUCGCAGCCGCGGAGCUGAGUGUGGAGGAUGGUGAUGUGAGGCGGGGCAGUGAUGAUGUGUCGCCCAGCGAACGACAAAGGGCCAGCAGGAAUGGAAGUUUAUGAUAACUCAUUAUUGUCGCCACUCUGUGGUAUAUCGAUGAUAAGAAAUUCUACAUGCCCGCUUCCUGCUUACCAUUGGAAAAUGGGUUUAAUAUACCUAGUGGUCUAACUAUUUGCAUAUCAUUCAGUAUUAGCUUUCACUUCUUGUGGGAUUAUAUAUAUUUAGUAGAUGAAAGCCUAACCUUCCGUAAAGUAAAUAUGUUACUUAAGAUUAGUACGUCUGAUAAUAUAUAUUGUGGUUCCGAAUAAUCUCCCUAUCGCGAAACGCUACCAUAGACUAGCCACAAGAACAGUUCGUUGUUUUCAGCCAAAAAUAACACCAGUAUCCAAGAGCUCCAGGCGUCAGAUACCAUAUAUAACCCUUCCCCAAGAAUUAACCGAACACACCAUCAUCCAUGUCCUUCAAUUCAAAGCCAAAAAGUAAAGUCAAAAAUAUAGUAGGAGAAAAGAACAUAGAGGACAUAACAAAAACUCAACGAACAAAUGGAGGCGAAGAUGAGCAGAAGUAAAUAUCACAUUGUCAGAACAGCCUGCAGAGAGUGAAUAAUAAUUACGAGAAUAACCGA